GCUCGUGUUGAGCCGGAGUGUCUUGGCAAAAGCAUCAAAACGCACCAGGACUAGAAGGAGAGCUUUCCGCUGAAAAAACAACAACAACACGGGACAAAUGCAGUGAAAUAAGACUGGAGUGAGGAUAUUGAAAGACGGUACCGCUUCACAGGAAGGUCAUUCCCUGAAAAAGCUAAGCAGUGCGCAGACUGUACGGAUAUUUGGAGUAUACCCGACUGCAAGUGAAGAAGACCCCGAAGCUGUGGAACAUUGUCCCGGCUUUUUAUUUUCUGAAAAGCAAGGCAUGGGGGGAUCCACAUCUCGACAAGGCAGCACAGGAUAGAAGAUAGAAGAGAACGGUGAAUGAGGACUUCCGUGCGGAGAGGCAUCUGUGACCGUUUCUCCUCGUCUGUAAGUCGGCGGGCUCCAGUAUCGCAGCUGAUGACUGUCCCUCAGGUGGCUGGACUGCAGGGCUGAGCGGGACGUUUUUUUUUGCUGAGGGGGGUGCCCCGGCUUGUAUGUUGGUCACUUGCAGUUGCACUCGCUCACAAGGACCAUGUGGUUCUCUCCAAGGAGAAGUCGUCUCCCCUCGCAGAACUGGCACAGUGCCCACAGUUGCACCAAUGUGUCCUUGUGGGUGUUGAGCUUUUGUUGGUGUUUUGUGGCCGUGAGAGGUCAGAACUACCACCCAACUGUAAACACGCAGUAUGGGAAACUCAGAGGGGUAAGGGUGCCCCUGCCCAGUGAGAUUCUGGGGCCCGUGGACCAGUAUCUGGGGGUCCCAUACGCCGCGUCCCCAGUGGGAGAAAAGCGCUUCAUGCCCCCGGAGCCCCCUUCCUCCUGGUCAGGGAUCAAGAACGCCACUCACUUUGCUCCAGUCUGCCCACAAAAUAUUCACAACGCUGUGCCAGAGAUCAUGAUGCCUGUAUGGUUCACCUUCAACCUGGAUAUAGUCACGACUUACAUACAGGAUCAACACGAAGAUUGUCUUUAUCUCAACAUCUAUGUUCCAACUGAGGAUGUCAAAAGAAUAUCCAAGGAAUGUGCCAGGAAACCCAACAAGAAAAUGUGUAGAAAAGGAGGGGUCCAUGCAAAAAAACAGGGCGAGGAUUUAUCGGAUAACGACGGUGAUGAAGAUGAAGACAUCCGAGACACUGGGGCCAAGCCUGUGAUGGUCUACAUUCACGGAGGAUCCUACAUGGAGGGGACGGGGAACAUGAUCGAUGGGAGCGUCCUGGCCAGCUACGGAAAUGUCAUCGUUAUCACUAUCAACUACCGCGUCGGAGUCCUCGGCUUCCUCAGUACUGGUGACCAGGCUGCUAAAGGGAACUACGGGCUCCUGGACCAGAUCCAGGCGUUGAGAUGGAUCAGCGAGAACAUCGGCUUCUUCGGAGGAGACUCCAACCGCAUCACUGUGUUCGGUUCUGGGAUCGGAGCUUCCUGCGUCAGCCUGCUCACCCUCUCCCACCACUCUGAAGGUCUGUUCCACCGAGCCAUCAUUCAGAGCGGCUCAGCCCUCUCCAGCUGGGCAGUGAACUACCAGCCGGUCAAGUACACACGUCUCCUGUCGGAGAAGGUGGGCUGUAAUGUCCUGGACACCUUGGACAUGGUGGACUGUCUGAGGAAGAAGACCUCCAGGGAGCUGGUGGAGCAGGACAUACAACCAGCAAGAUACCACGUGGCCUUUGGACCUGUAAUCGAUGGGGAUGUUAUUCCAGACGACCCCGAGAUCCUGAUGGAGCAGGGCGAGUUUCUUAACUACGACAUCAUGCUGGGGGUCAACCAGGGCGAGGGGCUGCGCUUUGUGGAGAACGUGGUGGAUUCAGAAGACGGCGUGUCUGGAAAUGACUUUGACUUCUCUGUGUCAGACUUUGUGGAUAGUCUGUAUGGGUACCCAGAGGGCAAGGACACGUUGAGGGAGACCAUUAAGUUCAUGUACACGGAUUGGGCAGACAGAGACAAUCCAGAGACAAGGCGCAAGACGCUGGUGGCUCUGUUUACCGACCACCAAUGGGUGGAGCCAUCGGUGGUGACGGCAGACCUCCACGCUCGCUACGGGUCUCCCACUUACUUCUACGCCUUUUACCACCACUGCCAGAGCCUGAUGAAGCCAGCCUGGUCAGAUGCAGCCCAUGGGGACGAGGUGCCAUAUGUUUUUGGAAUUCCUAUGAUUGGUCCCACUGACCUUUUCCCCUGUAACUUCUCAAAGAACGAUGUCAUGCUCAGUGCUGUGGUCAUGACCUACUGGACCAACUUUGCCAAGACUGGGGAUCCUAACAAGCCGGUUCCUCAAGACACCAAGUUCAUCCACACCAAGGCCAACCGCUUUGAAGAGGUGGCGUGGUCCAAGUACAACCCCCAGGACCAGCUGUAUCUGCAUAUCGGCCUGAAGCCACGUGUGCGGGACCACUACCGCGCCACUAAAGUGGCCUUCUGGAAACACCUAGUGCCCCACCUGUACAACCUGCACGACAUGUUCCACUACACCUCCACCACCACCAAAGUGCCGCCACCAGAUACCACGCAGAACUCCUUGUCCACCAGGAGGCCCAACGGACAACACAACACCAAGCGGCCCCCCAUGUCCCCGGCCUACAACAAUGAGGACAAAGACUCUUGGAACGACGACGAGGAGACAGGGCCGCUGGUGGUGGAGAACCCUCGGGAUUACUCCACAGAGCUCAGUGUCACUAUCGCUGUGGGAGCGUCGCUGCUGUUCCUCAAUGUGCUGGCUUUCGCGGCCCUCUACUACCGCAAGGACAAGCGCCGGCAGGACUCCGGCCACGGGCAGCCCAGCCCACAACGCCAGACCACCUCCAACGACAUUGGACACCAUGCGCCCGAGGAGGAGAUCAUGUCGCUGCAGAUGAACCAGACGCACCAUGAGUGUGAGGCGGGGAACAGCAACGAGGGGGCAUUGCGCUUGGCCUCGCUGCCCGACUACACGCUCACUCUGCGGCGCUCUCCGGACGACAUUCCCCUCAUGACCCCCAACACCAUCACCAUGAUCCCCAAUUCCCUGGUGGGGAUGCCCAACCUGCACCCCUACAACACCUUCACAACCGGCUUCAACUCCACCGGCCUGCCGCACUCCCACUCAACCACCCGCGUAUAGCUUUAAGGAGGCCUGGGGCAGCCGGCGCAGGCGGGGGGGGAGGAGGCAGUGGUGGUUGAGGAGGAGCAGGAGGAUGAACGAUUGGAGGAGAGGAUUGUGUUUUAUAAAUAUCACAGGGAGGGGGGAGGGGAAGGGCAUGAGUCGGAUUAAAACGUGAAGAGAUUUAACUAGACUUUUACUACGAGGAGAGUUGCUGUGAGCUCUCUAUGGAUGUCAAGUUGUGCAGAGCUGCCAAAAUCAAACUGCUUUCCUUCUCCUGAUUGGGGGAGGGGGGGUCUUUCUGCAGUGUUUUUUUCUAAAAUAAUCAUUUUAAAAGCCUUUUUAAGCAGACUGAGGAGAUAUCAACACUGAUCUUCUAUACAUAACAAAACUAAGAGAAGUGCUUUUUAUUUCCCAUACCUUCCUCCUGCGGGAGACACAUCUCGAACAAUGGCCUCUACGUCAAUAUUCGCAAAAUGUUUUUAAUUGAUAAUUUGUUUUAUUUUACUUUUCAAUGCCUUACAAAGCUUGUUCUUUUUUGUCAUUAUUUCUAUUCCCUGAGACUAUUCCAAGUGGAGUGUGUUACAAGCCGAUGAGACUCAAAGAUGAGAGACUGAAUACCGGGAUGAGAACCUAGAGGAUAUGCAGAUGUAGAGAUUUUAAACCCUUUUUGGGCAACUCAUAUUUUCUUUCUGUUGUGUACCAAUGCAACAGCCACACAAACGGUGUUAUCUUUUUUAUCUCGUAUAGAAAUGAUUUGUCUGGGACAGCUCCUGACGGGAAAUGAGAAGGCAGAGAUAAAUACUAUGUUACUGUGAUUGUUUUGUUAAGAAAAAAGUGCAUCUUUUACAGACAAUUUAUCUGUUAAGCUAUCUGAUAUUAUCUCCACAAAGUGUGCACGUACACAUGCUGCUUAGAGCACCGGUGUGUUUGUGUGCAUGUGAAAAUGAUUUCUCGUUCCUUGCGUGGUAGAAAGAGGCUGAGAUAAAGGAAGAGACACAUUGUCGGAACUUGCAAAAGCAAGAGCGGCGAGGGAUUGAGUCUGCGUGUGUGAGAGUGUAUUUUGAGAGUGUGUGUGUGCGUGUGUGUGUGUGUGUGUCCGUGCACCUGUUUUUUUUGUUUGUAGGUUGUAUAAUGUGGUUUUUUGGGGGGAGGGGGCUGAGUAUUUUCUUAUGUUGUUGAUUUUGGUUCAGCACCAGUAGUGUUUCUGCUGCGUGUCUGGGUGUCUGUCUUUGCAAAAUAGCACUUGUUAUUUUCAAAGUUAUAUAUGUCUAAUUUUGCUUAAAGAUUACAAAAUAAAUCUAUUAUUUUACGUGUAAGAGAAAAAAAAUAGCUAAAGAUUCAACUGAACUAACUGACAUGAUUCCAUUGACUUUGUAAGAGUUCCUCUUAAAAAGCAGACAGUGGCCUGUUUGCACUGAAUAAACCUACAUCAGUGCACACUUGUAUUUCUUUGAAUAUAUAUAUAAAUAUGGGCAUACAUACAUAUAUGUAUUGAGCUUUUAUGAAGAUAUCAAUCUCACUUACAAAAGAAUUAAAACACUGUUCAGAUUGCACCAACAAAUACAUUCUAAGCACUGUUGUUGCUGCCAAGACGUCCGUGUCUUUGUAAGAGCUCUAUAUGUAUAUUUAUGUAUACCAUAUUUAAUAUUUAUGUAUACCAGAUGCAUAGAUGCUGAUUGUGCCAUGUGCCAAAUUAAAACUGUAAAAAAUGAAGAAUAUAAAAGUUUCACAAAA